AUAUUCUUUUAUGUUAAGUAAGGAAACCGAACAGUUUUUGAGGAUGUUGGAACAGAAACCCAUUGUCGAGCGGAAGCAGAAACUCGGUGAUAAACUAUUUCCAAAAGUUAAGAGCCUUGGUUUGCGAAGCGCACAAGCCAGCAAAGUCACAAUCAAUCUCUUAGAUACUGAUGAUCUUCGUGAGCUUGCGCACUCAAUGAACGACGCCGCUAAAUUCAAGGCAAAGGUCGACGCUGCCAUCGUUAAAGUUGGCGCACUCGCUAUCAAAUAA